AUGAAAGGUAUUCUCGGCCUUUCUCUGCUGCCGUUGCUGACGGUUGCGUCACCGGUCAUCCCAAGCUCCAUCCACAAUGGAGCUGCCCCCAUCCUCUCUUCAACCAACGCAGACGAGAUCCCAGACUCCUAUAUCAUCGUCUUCAAGAAUCAUGUAGAUUCUGCAGCUGCAGCUGCUCAUCAGACCUGGGUGCAGGACAUCCACAUGCAGCACAAUGAGCUUCGGAAGCGGUCCCAGUUCCCCUUCGCCGGGGACCUCUUCUCCGGCCUCAAGCACUCCUUCGACAUUGCGGGGUCUUUCUUGGGCUACUCCGGCCACUUCGAUGAGAAUGUGAUUGAGGCCAUCCGCCGGCAUCCUGAUCUUAGCUUCUCUCCUACGCCGCCGGAUAGCCGACCCAUGAGUGACAUCAACCCGCCAACUAACCUAUCAAUCUCACAGGUUGAAUACAUCGAGAAAGACUCCAUUGUCCACACAAUGGGAGAUUCUCAAGUUGAGAAGAACGCCCCCUGGGGCCUGGCUCGUAUCUCUCACCGGGACUCCUUGAGCUUCGGCAGCUUUAACAAGUACCUCUAUGCCGCUGAUGGUGGUGAAGGCGUCGAUGUCUACGUUAUCGAUACCGGUACUUUCACUGAUCACGUUGACUUUGAGGGUCGUGCCUCAUGGGGUAAGACAAUUCCAGAUGGUGACGAGGAUGAAGAUGGCAAUGGGCACGGCACCCACUGCUCUGGAACCAUCGCUGGUAAGAAGUACGGUGUGGCUAAGAAGGCCAAUGUUUACGCUGUCAAGGUCUUGAGAUCCAACGGCUCUGGUAGCAUGUCUGAUGUCGUCUCUGGUGUUGAGUGGGCUGCCACCCAGCACAUCAAGAAGGCCAAGGAAGCCAAAGCCGGCAAAGCCAAGGGUUUCAAAGGAAGCGCUGCUAACAUGAGUCUCGGAGGCGGCAAGUCUGUCACUCUCGACAAGGCUGUCAAUGCUGCUGUGGAUGCUGGCAUUCACUUUGCCGUCGCUGCUGGUAACGACAAUGCUGACUCUUGCAACUAUUCUCCUGCUGCCGCCGAAAAGGCCGUCACUGUCGGAGCUUCGACUUUGGCUGAUGAACGCGCUUACUUCUCCAACUAUGGGAAGUGCAAUGACAUCUUUGCUCCUGGUCUCAACAUUCUUUCCACCUGGAUUGGCAGCAAGUAUGCUGUCAACACCAUCUCAGGCACCUCGAUGGCUUCUCCUCACGUUGCCGGUCUCUUGGCUUAUUUCCUCUCUCUUCAGCCAGCCAGUGAUUCUGCUUUCGCCGUUGCUGAAAUUACUCCCAAGAAACUAAAGGAAAACCUUAUUGCGAUUGGUACUCAAGGUGCUUUGACCGAUGUGCCAUCGGACACAACUAACAUUCUGGCCUGGAAUGGUGGUGGCAGUGCCAACUUUACCGAAAUUGUCACUAAGGGUGGCUACAAGGCCAAGACGGUUGGCGAACAGGUCGACGAGAUGAUCAUAAACGCACAGGAGCUUGCCAAUGAAGAACUUGGUGCCAUCUACAGUCACAUCAAAGAUGCCAUUGUUGCCUAA